UUUAUUCUGUGAUAUCACUAUAAUAUUUUACACACGGAUUAUUAUUCAGUUUUAGUGUCAAUGGUCAGUUAAAUCUCUUUUCUGUGGUGGUCAAUACUUAGUAGAAUAGACAAAUAGACAAUAGUCAAUAGUAGAUCGCUUGAGUAUUUGUAUAUUUUGAUAAUUUAUAUAUUAAUUUCCAUAACUUAAAUGGUUUAACUUGUUUGUGUGUUCGAAUGUUUUUAGUUCUUACUCCGUUUUAUUUUUUAACUUUUGGUUCGGUUUGAAGAACAUAUUUUAAGAACACUAUGGUGUCCAUUGUAAAGUGUCAGCAGUGGUACUGCUGUUUUCGAAAGAUGUCCUCUAAACGUGUAAUAAGUACCUUAUACAGUGCUUCGUCAAAUUCGAAUUAUUCAAAUCACAGUACACAAAUAAGGCACAUGUCAGUCAUCGACAAUUCAAAAAACAUGAAUGAAACAAACAUAAAAAAAUUGUUGGAAGAUGGGACAGUUCCAGAAGAGUCAUCUGUUGUUGGAGACACUGAAAACUGGACAACAUCCCCAUACCCAAAAGGUUCAUAUGUACCCCACAAAAAUCAGUCUCAAGCGCAGCACGCUCUACGACCAAAGGUGGACCCCAAGGAAACGUCAAUACUGAUGUUUCCCGGCCAAGGUACCCAGUUUGUGGGUAUGGGAAAAAAUCUGUUAGUGUUUCCUCAGGUUGUAGAGAUGUUCAAUGCGGCAAGUGAAAUACUGAAGUAUAAUCUGUUGAAACUUUGUUUGGAAGGACCAAAAUCUAAACUGGAUCAGACCAUCUAUAGUCAACCAGCCAUUCUUGUGUGUUCUUUGGGUGCCAUUGAGAAACUAAAAGAAGAACAACCUAGUGCCAUUGAAAAUUGUAUGGCUGUUGCUGGUUACAGUAUUGGAGAAUUUGCUGCGCUUACAUUUGCUGGGUGUUUUUCUUUCGAACAAGCUGUUAGCUUAGUUAAAAUACGUGCUGAAGCCAUGCAUUAUGCGUCAGAAAUUGAACCAGGUGGAAUGGCAAACAUUUACAUAAAACCUGAUUCUAAAUUAAAUUAUGCUCUGAAAAUGGCCAGAGAUUGGUGUCUGGAUAAAGGAAUUGAAAAACCUGUUUGUUCUAUAUCAAACUAUUUGAAUCCUGAUUGUAAAGUAGUUGCUGGGCAUUUAGAAGUAAGGAGUAUUUAAAUUGAUUUUUGGAUAAAAAUCCUUAGUAUGAAAAAUAAUCCAUUUUUAACACGUUGACUGCCACCGGCCGCCGGCGAUCACACGAUUAUGCAUCAUCUGUACGCCAAGUAUAUUUUUCAGUGUCAUUCCAAAUUUGUAUAUUAUA